AUGCAUUCUGGUAACUGGUGUGAAGAAGCAGCUGCACCAGGGCUGGGUCCCGUUACAGUUGGGAGUCUGCGGCUCAGCAAGAUAUCUAUGGAGGAGCAGGAAUAUCCCGAAGCGGUACUGGUGACGGAGGCCGGGCCGCAGUGGCUUCAAGUCGAGGUCGACCGUCUUACCAGGGAGCUCCGUGAGACCACCCAUGAGAAAAUCCAGGCGGCUGAGUAUGGGCUGGCGGUGCUGGAGGAGAAACAACAGCUCAAGCAGCGAUUUGACGAGUUGGAGACAGAGUACGAGACGGUCCGACAGGAGCUGGAUCAGCUGAAGGAGGCCUUUGGACAAGCCUACUCGGCCCACAGGAAGGUAGCAGCAGAUGGGGAAAGCAGGGAAGAGUCACUGAUCCUGGAGUCUGCCAGCAAGGAGGCUGUCUACCAGCAGAAGGUCCUAGACUUGCAGAAUGAGCUCCGACAGGCCAAAGCCUCCCUCACCAGUGUACAAGCUGAAAACGAUCGCCUGUCGUCCAUUGCCCUGGAGAUGAGAGAGAAUAGCGAGCUGGCAGAGCUGCAGCGAGGUCAGCUACGUGAUGAUAUGAGAGAGUGCAAGGUGCGGGAGGCUCGUCUGCUGCAGGACUACAGCGAGCUGGAGGAGGAGAACAUCUCUCUUCAGAAACAAGUCUCAGUGCUGAGACAAAACCAGGUGGAAUUUGAAGGUCUAAAGCAUGAGAUCCGCCGUGUGGAGGAGGACUCCCAGUGCCUACACAGCCAGCUGGAGGAAGCCAUGCGUCUGAAAGAAAUCGCCGAGCGACAGCUGACGGAGGCUUUAGAAACGAUUAAAACAGAGCGUGAGCAGAAGGCAACUCUUCGCAAGGAGCUCUCCCACUAUAUGACCAUUGGCGGCUCUGUGUACAGCAGCUCUUUCAAUAUCUCUAUCGACAACCUAAAACUCCACGAUGAUCCCUCCACCAUCACCGAGCCUGACAACGACGAUCUAAUCCGAGGCUUUGAAAACGGCUUGACCAAGACAGGUGAAGGUGAUGAGGACUACAGAGCGGCAGUGAACAAGAGAGGGGGGGCUUUCCAGCCAGCUCCGAGUCUGGUGGACGACCUGCUGAGUGAGCUCAACAUCUCUGAGAUCCAGAAACUUAAACAACAGCUUGCGCAGGUGGAGCGGGAGAAAUUGGCCCUGAUCAACUCUCUCCAGGAGAACCAGAAGCACCUGGAACAGGCCUAUGGGACAGUGUCUGAGCAAAAGGAAACGGUCAACAGGCUGACUGAGAAUCUCACUGCAAUGAGGAAACUUCAGGCCAGUAAGGAGCGCCAGUCUGCCCUUGACAGUGAAAAGGACAGGGACAGCCAUGAUGACGGAGACUACUACGAGCUGGACAUUAAUGGACCUGAGAUUCUGCAGUGUAAAUACACGGUGGCAGUGUCUGAAGCUGGAGAGUUGAGGCAGGAGCUGAAGACUCUGAGGUCACAGUAUGAGCAGUGUCGAACCCAGUAUGAACAUGAGCGAGCGCGGCUGGACAGUGACGUCCAGGAGUUGAGGUCAAAGUUGGCGUCCCUGGAGAAGAUUAGCCAAGCAGAUCAAGCAGAGGUGGCUCGUCUGGAGAAGGAGCUGCGUCUGGUCAGCGAGGCUGCGGGAGAAUCACUCGGCAGCCUUAAUGUGGCCCAGGACGAGCUCAUAGCUUUCAGUGAAGAGCUUGCCAAUCUUUACAACCAUGUAUGUAUGUGCAACAAUGAGACCCCUAACCGUGUCAUGCUUGACUACUACAAGGAAGGCAAGGCCACAGUAAGAAGGGGGCAUGAAGAGGAGCACCAGUCUUCCAUACUUCUCACCAAUGGGCUGAUCAUUGAGACUGAACAGGGAAAUUCCCGCAGCACCACACCUACCCCUGCCCAAGAGCAGCGGCCAGAACCCAUGAACGUCUAUAACCUGGUAGCCAUCAUCAGGGACCAGAUCCGCCACCUGCAGCAGGCAGUGGAUCGCACCACAGAGCUGUCACGUCAGAGACUUGCCAAUCUAGAGCUGGGCACAGUGGCAGACAAGGACAAAGAAAGAUGCUUGCAGAGAAGAGACCUCAAAGCUAAGUCUGUCAGCACAACAUGGGUAAGUAUUUGCCACUUCAGAGCUGGUGCUCAGGGAUUGAAGACAGCGGAGGUUGCUCUGGCCAACCUGAAGAGUAAGUAUAACAGCGAGAAGGCUAUGGUGACUGAGACAAUAACGAAGCUCCGCAAUGAACUCAAGGCUCUGAAAGAGGAUGCUGCUACGUUCUCCUCUCUUCGAGCCAUGUUUGCUACAAGGUGCGACGAAUAUGUGACCCAGCUGGAUGAUAUGCAGAGGCAGCUGGUUGCUGCUGAAGAUGAAAAGAAAACCCUGAACUCUCUUUUACGUAUGGCCAUCCAGCAGAAACUGGCUUUAACUCAGCGCCUGGAAGACUUGGAGUUUGACCAUGAGCAGGCACGCCGCAACAGUGCCACAGCGGUGGGAGGCAAGGGCAAAACAAAGGCCAAGGGAGCCUCUUCCAACCAUCAUUAAAUCUAUCAUGCCAAGACUUCUUAAGGAGGUCCAUCAGAGCAUCCCUGGUUCCUUCACUCUCUAAUCAUGUUCCAAAUCAUCAUGUCGCUAACACAAGAAUAUAUCCAACAGUAUUUGCCAAGGGUCUUCUUUUAGAGUGCCAAAACAAGUAUGUAAAAUAUUGUUGAACCUUUUGACUGCAGAAAGAAUGACUCAUCGCAUCAGCUGCCCCCUGCAGUCCUGGCAUAUUCCAAGAAUAUGCACCACUAUUAUUGAACCAGAGAAAGAAUCAAGAUGGGUAUUUUGCUGAUUACUCAUUACCUGUGUUACCUUGACUGCUCACUGUUUGUUUUACUUACUUGCUCUUUUUCCCCUCUCUUUCUAGAAAUCUUACUAAUUGUUUCAAGUACUAUACAAUGUUUUUACCAGAUGUGCAUGUUUAUCUACCAGAUUCUAGACAUUUUCUAGGGAUUCAACAUAUGUUGUAUCACUAUUAUUUUAUAGGAACAAAUUCAGAAAAAAAUGUGAUAAUUCUUCUAACACAAGAAUUUUAAACUCACUGGUUAAAAUUCAACACAAGAGACUAAUACACUUUUCUGCCUUAGUUGUUUUCCUUUGGGCCUUUACUUUAUAGGUGCCUUUCUGACAGCCCAUGGAAGCACUUCCUGUUUAACUCCUAAAACAAUAAUGCAAUAUGUUAUUUUCACUGUAUGAUCCUGCAACUGUGGAGCUUCAGUUUCAGGGUCUUACUACAUUUUGUGGAAAUGGGCUCCUCCUUUUUAGACAUGGCAGAGCUGUUACAAAUUCAAGUAUGCUUGUUAUAACUAAGGAAAAGUAUUAAUGCAAAGCUUUUUAUUUAAGGAUUUCUAAGUUAAGGUCAGAUGUUAAUAGUAUUCAUAAACUUCACUCAUGAAGGAGUUUUUUUUUAUGUAAUUGUUUUAAUACAACUUUUUUGUAAACCUAAGUCCUAAAAUCUGCAAACAACAAGCUUCAGUGCCAUUUUGUGUUUUGUUUAUUAAGUGCAAUUUGCAGACAUGGCAAUAAAAAACUAAUUUUUAUGCUAUGUAAAAAUAUAUAUAUAUUUUACACAUUGUUGCUCAUACUUGGUCCUAAUUGAUUUUAUUUGUUUUUACUAUUACUGCAAUUGUAUUUAUUUGACACUGUUCAGACUACAGGAUGUCAUCAUCCUUUUUGUUUCUUAAGGGAGUUUGAGUGGAGGUGGCUGGUCAGAAUAUUGAUUGACUGAAUUUGUGGUAAAACACUUGCAAAACUCAUGAUUGUGGGCGACUGUCCCUGCUAACAGUUAUGGCUGGUGAAGAAAUAAAUCUAAUGUUCACAA